GGGAUCUUGUGUUUGCUACAACAUUGUUUGUUAUGCGAUGCUUAUGAGAAACUAGCUGCAAUAGAGGCUUAUGAUGCGUCUAUAGCAUGAGAAGCACAGGUGAGGUUUUCACAUAAUGCUGGUGAAUCAUCUGCUUCAAGUACAAAUGAUCCAAUCAGCAUCCAAGUCCCAGUGAAAGCUAAUACAGUGGUUUCUUUUCACAUUGCUAAUUGAACUUUUGUUACUCUUGAGAUGGAUUUCUUAGGAAGUCUGGUUUUGAGUUAAUUUCUGUUGAUUCAGAUUAUGUGCCUAUGCAAGUUGGUAUUAUUUCUUUUAACAUCAUUUCCCCAUUUAAUUACAUAUGAGUCACUGCUGUUUGCAGCAUGGGAGGCCUGUUUAUCAAGCAGAUGCUGUGUAAAGCAAAGGCAGAAAAUAUUGAUGACUUUGUGAACAAUAGCAUUGGAGUUGUGUUCUAUAGCUGCCCACAUUUUGGCAGCAAGCUUGCUGACAUGCCUUGGUGCAUGGGUCUAGUGUUUCAUCCAGCCCUAACUGUUAGUAUCUGAUUGAUUGUGAAUUAAACUUUUUUUACAUCAUUAUUGGACAAUUAAUUCUUCGGUUUUAGACUAUUUAUUUUUUUGAUGUAGUUUAGGUUUUACUCUGUAUAAUAGAUGAACUGAUGUUUGUAUUUUCUUGUCACUUUCCCCGUAAGAUGUGGUUCUCCAAGACUCAUUGAGCUUAAUGACUUCCUUCUUCACCUUCAUAAGAAAAGGAUGCUUGAAGUCUUUAGUUUCUGUGAGACUAAGGUAACUCCAAUUGUUGAAGGAUAUGGUGGAUGGGCCUUUCGUGCAGAAAUUGUGCCAAUCGAAUCAGCAUAUCCCAGUUUUGGUGAACUUGUUGUCUUGGAGUCAACAGAUCACAUAAACUCAUGCAGACCACUCAGCCACACUGAGCCUUUGCACACAGAAAUACUAGAAUUUUUGCGUAAACUGAAAGCAUAAUAUACAUGAAGUUAACUUACCCACAGCAUUGAAUUGAUAUUCUUUCGUUGAUAUAAUUAAUCCUAGCAUAUGGAGCUGAACUUGACAGAGAUAGUUGGAUUUUUGCAUAGACAAUAAUGGAAGUUUUGACAUUCCGCAGCACAGCUUAUCUUUGAAUCAAAUGGUCUCCAAAUCAGUUAAGACUAACCUUACCUCUAGGAAGGGAGUUUGUAGCUAUUAGUGAAUCUACAUUCCUAUCAUCACUGUUUAUUAUAGCACUUCUAGUUGGUCUCCUCAGUUUGUACAUUAACAUCCCUGGUCUUCUGUAUUUUCUUGAAAGUUACCUUCUUGAUUCAUUA